CCGCUUCACCACUGCGAUCAACGGCCAACGCUCGGUUCCAACUAUUCGAAUAAAGGUUUUGUGAUAAUUUCUCAAUGUAUCUUGUCACUAGACCGUCAAGCCUAAGCCAUUGUCUCGCCAAACGGGCAAAGGUGACACGACUCUAUACUCGACGAAGACCAUUUUAUGUUCCUGCUGCUGCGGGACCCAACGACUCGCCUACGCCAGCGGACAUUGCCCCAUUACUCGACGAAUACGCCAAACAUCCUCCACGACCUCUCACGCUGUCUACUUUGCUGUCGUUCGGCCGUCCUCUGACCCCUGAGUCGGUGCUGAACUCGGUCGAAUAUGUUCUUUCAGAGGUUCCUCGCAUGUUUGGGUUGCGCGUCCGUGCCUUCGAAGAGCUGCCCUUCAUUGUUGGCGUGAAUCCGUUUAUCGCCAGAAUCCUGGCAAACCACCGCAAGAGCUUCAAGGCGAUUGCGACCUACCCUCCAGUCAGGUCGCUCGUGGAGAACGUCCGUUUUACGGAGCAGCUCGAAGCACUCGUUCAAAGUCACUCGAACGACAUUCCUGUCAUGGCCAAGGGCUUCCAAGAGUGCUCUCGCUACAUGACUCCGGAGCAGAUCUCUAGUUUCCUGGACUCGGCCAUACGCAACCGACUUGCCGUACGCCUCCUGGCUGAACAGCACAUAGCCAUCUCUCGAGACCUCCAACAACCUGAACUCGCUAGCCAAGAUCACGUCGGUGUCGUGGAGCUCAACUGUUCUCCAAGCAAGAUGAUUCGCACAGUAAGCUCGUUCGUCGCCGAGCUGUGCGAAGCGACACUGGGAGCAGCACCGGAGGUCAUCAUAGAUGGCGAAGUGGACGCUACAUUUGCCUAUAUCCCUGUACACUUAGAGUACAUCCUGACAGAAAUCCUUAAGAACUCCUUCCGCGCCAGUGUUGAACGGCACUAUCGCCAAGACGGCUCCUCGAAGGAUCCUAUUCCUCCGGUCCAGCUAACGAUAGCGCCCCCGCCAACAUCAAAUUUGCACCCUGCCGUGCUCUGCAUCCGCAUUCGCGACCAAGGUGGUGGAGUCCCGCCAGCGAACAUCCCACACAUCUUCUCAUAUUCUUUCACGACCGCGCGCCUCAGCGAGGACAGCGAGACAGGCGGAGGCCCAUACGCUGCGCAGCAUGUCGGUGGGAGCGCCGCUUUAGAUGGAGGUUCGGGCUCGGGUGGUGGGAACGGCCUGGGGAACUCUAGCUUGUUCGGCGAGAUUGUCAGUCGGGGUGUUCAGACUGGCAUGGGCACCAUCGCCGGCCUUGGGUACGGGCUGCCCAUGAGUCGGCUGUAUACCAUGUACUUCGGUGGCUGUCUCGAGUUUCUCUCGCUUGAUGGCUGGGGCAGCGACGUUUUUGUCAAGUUGCGCUGCCUCGACGACGCAGGAGACGUUAUCAUAUAAUGUAACACACACUAGGCCUUACAUGCUGUGUUACACAUUUCAACGUGACAACCAGUUCCGCUCGCGCAGUUAGGUGGUGACCGAGACUGAUGCAUUAGUGAAAAAUGGUUGCAACGACGAACAUGAGGUAUGAGUGGCUAAAAAUCCAACCGGGGAGUACGACUGCGCAGAUCACGUCCAACGAGACCCAGACACCGCUUGUUGGCAACCUUCGACACAGACAGCGGAUAGAUGGGUCCUAGGAGAGCGUUGGCUCAGACUGCUAGUGGUAUACGUGUCGAUCGUGAAGAUGGGUAUGUGUUAUUGAGGGGAAGAAGUAGAAGGUCGGGUUUUCAGACCAGCUUGUGUGAUGCAUGUCAUGAUAAGUAGGGCGUAGAUAGAAUAAGUAGUACACUAUGAAAGCGAUGAGGUGCGAGAACGACGUGUGACGAAGGAAAUCAUUUGGCGAGCUACGGAGCAGACGUUAGCGCUGUG